GCAGAAGAAGAAGAAGAAGCAAGAGACAAGACAAGAGACAAGAGAAAGAAGGAGACGAAAGAAGAAAGCAAACGGCAAGAGCAAGCAAGACGUUGCAGAAGAAAGCAAGCACCAAGAGAAAGGAGACGAAAGCAAGAUAGGGAAGAAGAAAGCAAGCGGCAAGAGCAAGAAGCUAGCAAACAAGAAGAAGAACAAGAAGAAGAAGAAGAAGAAGAAAAAGCAAGAGCAAGAAACGAGGAUGGAAGAAGCAGAAGCAAGAGGCAAGAGCAAGAAGCAGACUGACUAA